UAUCAAAAGCUACUAGUUCUAMAAAGUUUGUUUUGGAUCUCUAUUGCUAGCUGUAUGAAUGAGUUGCCCAAGAAGUUCUUGAAUGGUACUUUGAUAUUUAGAUUCUAAUUAUUCUGGUUUUUGUCAUUCUAGGUGUCAUGAUGCAGAGCAAAACCUGGAUGAGAUGAAUAGGCACCCUAUCAAUUCCAAGGAAAAGCAUGCCCUCACUCAGGUGGAGGUUAAUGAUGUUCCCCUUCAUACCGAGGAUAAGGAUGACAUCCUAGAUAAUGAGUUGUUUGAGAAUAGGCAGACUUUUUUGAGCUUCUGUCAGGGAAACCAUUACCAAUAUGAUACACUCCGUCGGGCCAAACAUUCCACAAUGAUGAUAUUGUACCAUUUCCACAAUCCAGCUGUGCCUGCUGUCAUUGCUACUUGCAGCAUUUGCUAUAAAGAUAUUGAGGCUGGACAGGGAUGGCAUUGUGAGGUCUGUUCUGAUUAUGAUGUGUGUGCUGUAUGCUAUCAGAAGGAAGUGGUUGAUCAUAAUCAUAAGUUGAUAAAACAUCCUUCCAUGGCUAAUCAUAAAAUAAAGAACAGAGAGGUUCGGAAGAGAAAGGCUUUGCAGAUGAGGAAGUUGCUGGAUGUUCUCAUGCAUGCUUCUCGGUGUGCCAUCAAUCAUUGCAAUUAUCCGAAUUGUGAUAMAAUAAAAAAACUGUUCUGCCAUAGUAAAUAUUGCAAGACCCGUGCCACUGGAGGCUGUGGACACUGCAAGAAGACUUGGUUCCUCCUGAGGUUACAUUCUCGGAAUUGCAGACGGAUGGAAUGCCCUGUACCACGUUGCAUAGAUAUAAGAAAUCACAUGAAGAGGCUUCAGWUGCAAGUGGAUUCUCGACGAAGGGCUGCAGUUACAGAGCCAGUGAGACGGCAAGAAUCUGAAGUUGCAGUAUACUGUAGAUAACCUUAAGUGUACAGUCAACAAUGGGAUGAUCACUUGCAACAUCUACAAUGACAACAAUUGUACAAUUAGGUCAACGGAUGGCAUUUGAGGAGCAAUAAAACCAUAGUUGCAAAUACUUGGUAAAACUAAAAAUAAAUUUGUAAAAUAUAAUUCAUUUUCCCAUUCUCUUUCUUKGACCAGACAGCAUACUUCUUUCUUUGCACGGGGGUGGGGGAGGAAGGACUUUUUCUCUCAUUUCAAAAUGCAAUUACCAUCUGGUUGCUUAACUAUAGUCAGCAUUCGGCAGUAACAACUGUACAGGUGGCAGGAGCCAUCCCCUGCUUUCAGUAAAUAGGAUAUGGGGUUUUGUAGUUCCAGUACCUUUGUCACACAACCAAGUUCAUCUGAGUUCCAGUAACCUUGUUGAAUGGAUGUGAGGUGAUUGAUUGAUUAUAGCAUCCUCUGAUACUUUA